CAAGCUCCAAUGAUGCCUCUUGGACACCCAUCGAACUCUGUUUUUUAUUGGUUGCCAUGGCUGGAAUCUGAUUGGACCAACACCUGCCAGCAGCUGUAAAACCACAGCUACCACAGGGAUGGCUGCACUUCAGACGGGCCACUCUCCUCUCGUACAUAGCUUGGCCACGCUUCUCCGAAAUAACGGUGACAUGGUGCUGGACGGCAGCAGCACGCUGACCCUGCCUGCUGCCACCUUGCAGCAGCUCACAAGGCUGUUUGAGCAGUACUUGCUAUCCCGGAGCCAGCAACACGGGUUCCUCGCACUGCCCUCCCACCCAGCUGACACCACUUCGCUGCUGCAGCUGCAGUUCCUGUUUGACAUCCUGCAGAAGACCGUUUCCCUCAAGCUCAUCAACCCGCUGGGUGUGAGGCUCAAGUCUGUGUUAAAAAUUUUCCCUUUCAAGUCUCUGAAGUGUUUGGAGCUGAAGAGAAUCCCCCCUCACUGUCUUGAGGGCCUCAGAGGAAUUUACUCCCAGCUGGAGGUUUUUACCUGCUCAAAAAGCCUCAGUUCCUUGGAGGAGCUGCUCUCUCUGUGUGGAGGUGAUCUGAGCUCAGCACUACCGUGGCUUGAACUUCACACCCUGAACUUCAGCUACAACUCCAUAGUUUGCCUUGACCAGUCACUGAGUUUACUGAAUGUCCUGAAAUCUUUGGAUCUAAGCCAUAACAAGAUUCAGGAGUGUGCUGAAUUCCUAAAGGCUCUGACUGAGCUGGAACACUUGAACCUGGGCUACAACUGCCUGCAGAGGGCGCCAACACUCGGUAUGAGUGCUAGGGCCAAGCUGGUCACACUCAUCCUCAGGAACAACGAACUGGAAACCAUCAACGGCGUGGAACAGUUGUCUUCUCUCCAGCAUUUAGACCUGGCCUACAACAUCCUGCUGGAGCAUUCCCAGCUGGCUCCUCUCUCCCUGCUGCACUGCCUCAACACAUUGAAUCUGGAAGGAAACCCACUGUACUUCCAGAAGACCCACCGCACCUCCACAGUCAGACACCUCUCGCCAAAAGCUGCCAACACCAGACUCAAACUUGAUGGCACCCUACUGUCCUCAUCUGAAAUAUCAGUUCUGCCAAAACCAGGGCCGCUGAUGGUCCAGGUGCAGACUUUGCCUUCAGGUUACACCAUGCCUGCAGAACGCAGUUACCAGGAAGCAUCUAGUGGGAUGGGGGAGCUGAGUGACAGCCUGUCCGUCGGCGAAGCGGUUGUCUCAAACCUUCGCAGAAGGAAAAAUAGGAGUAAGGUGAAAGUGCGGAGGGCCAGUAUAUCCGAACCCAGUGAUACUGAUUAUGAGUCCAGACCCUUGUCCUCCACACAGGGCAUCGUCCUUCAGCACCAGCAGGAGAUUGAACGCAUGUCCAGCUUCAGGGAACAACUCGGAGAAGACUGGCUAAGAUAUGAACACCAUCUAGAUGGAGCUUCACCCUUAACGCUCACCACCACUGUUAACCAGCAAACCUCCUGCUCUCAAACCCUCUGCAACGGCCUCACCACCACCAUCGCUACUACCACUACAUCUAUCCCACAGCAGCAGCCAUUGCCGCCGUCUUCCCACAAGGUCCCGGAAGUCCUCCCACCACCUAUUCUUUCCUCUGAACCCAGAAAUGAGGCCUCUGACGUGGAUGCAGACCUGGAAAUGGAGUCCACCUUGCAAGGUGGUCAGACCCCUCAGCUGACAGAGUCCACCUUGGAUAACAGCAUGGUAGAUGGACUGGUGAUGAGCCAGGGAGUAGUGAGUUCACCUCAGCCAAGUCCAGAGAGCCACAGGUCUGCUAGAGCAGCGAGUGGCGAGACCAAUCAUGAAGAAGAAGAGGAUUUAGGAGUGGACCUUUGUCACCCUCUGCUUGUUGGUGUCUUAUCUGACAAAGAGGAGGGGCUUGGUGAAGGUCAGGGGCAGAGGAAGGGAAGAAGGGAGGUGUUCUUGUGCAUCAAAAAGGGCUUAGUGCUUGAGAUGGACAUGCAGUGUGGCCAGGAGAGAUGCCGUCUGGAGCUGGAUAGCCUGGCUAAGGUGGAAACAACUGAGGCUGCGUGGACCCGAGGGGAUUUAGAAAAUCAGUUUCCAGCUGUAGAACUUUACUUUGACUACAUCAGCAAGGACAAACGGAGGAGACGCUACGUCCUGUUAGAUGAUGACCCUCAGCAAGCACUGCAGGCUCUGACUGACAUACUGUCUAAUGUGGUGGAGGAAAACCAACGCCGGGUUUCUGAGCUCUGUCACAGCUGCAUUCGCCUGCAGUGCCUUCGCUGCAGGUCAGAAUUCAUUCUUCGGGGAGGGGACGAUGAAGAGGAAGCCGGUGAACGAACAACGAAGAGGAGAGGAGCUGUGAUGCUAUCAGAAGGUGUGCAGGAACAGGACGGGGAGGAGCUGAUAGAGGCACAGUGGGCCAGCAAAGGAAAAAGUCAGAUUUGUCCAGAAUGUGGCAGUGACCAUGUUGUCCAAGUGGCUGUUCAAACGUCUCCCUACAGCAGUACACCCAUCCAGCGUUCAUUCAGGACCGACAGUGACGAUGACCAUCGGGACAUAACUGUGAGCAUGCAAAGUGCUAAUAAGGAUGAUUACACAGAUGCUAGUAGCAGCAGCAGUCCCAUCCCAGAAGCUGUUACCGCAGCAGAAGAGUCCAUGUUUGUCACUGCCCAAGGAAGCUCUUUCUUCAUUGGAGAUAGUCCAAGUCAGACCAGUCACCUUUCCUGCAACUCAGUGUGCCAAAGUAGAGAGGACCUAGCAGGCAGCUACCACUACACCACUACUGGUGCUACACCACCUCAAGUGCAAGCACAGUCUGCAGAAAGGUCCACCCCUAAUGAUGAUUUGGAUCUUCUGUCUGAGGAUUACGAGGUGGUGGACCAUCGGCUCAAGCUUUUCCUGGAUGUAGAAGUCUUUGAGGAAGAAGAAGAACUUCAUUCUUUCCUUAAGAUGUCAGCUGUCAAAUUUGGAGAACCUGGGGAGGUUCCCUCGCUGCUGGUUGUCUCAAAUCAACGUAUUUAUUUCCUGGAAAUGACAUCAGAUUUGCACAGAGGCCAGCUCACCAAUUGGCUGCAGAAAAGGGACAGCUACCCAAUCAUGGAGCUGAGCUACCUGGAGGUGGGGCUGGGCUCUCAGAGCAUCCACAUGGAGUUUGAAGAUGUGGGCGUGGCCUACACGCUACUCGUGAGGGACAGCGUGCGGUGCAAACGCUUCUUUGGCCGUUUAACAGGAGUUGUGCGUGAGAUGGCUCACAAAUCAGAGAGCAAGCUGAAGUCGAUCUCCACCACAAGGCUCACCCCUGAGCACCAUCUCUGGCCUUUAGUGUGCGAAGACAUCCAGGCAGAUGUGGAGGACGGACAGCUGCAGUUCUUCUAUGUUCUGGCUUUUCUCCUACAAGAGGAUAUCUGGAUGCCGUUGACGGUUCUGGCGACUAGAGAAACCCUCUAUCUGCUCAGAGAGGAUCACCAGUGGAGGAAAAACAGCCCGUCGGCGAAUGAAAACAAAGAACCGUGCAGCGGGAGUGUCACUGUGUUAGAAACUCUGCCAAUCAGCUGUGUGAGCUCAGUUCUCCUGUGGCCUGUGGACCAGUGCAGGAUGGAUAUAAAGCUUUACGAUGAGGUGCGUGUGAUCGCAGAAGUUUAA